AUUUUAUGCGGGGCGAAUGAAUUUUGCCUCUCACCGCCACGAAGGCCCUAUAUCUCCUCAGAUGCCCCGCAUCUUUUAAUUCUCUUCAUCAACACCUCGUGACUCCCACUUUCUUUCAAAAUGUCUAAGAUCUACGUCGGAAACCUUUCAUGGCACACCAGCGACGAGUCGCUGCGCGCGGCUUUCGGUGAGUUCGGCAACAUUGUCGACUCUAUCGUCAUGGUUGACCGUGAGACUGGCCGCUCCCGCGGAUUCGGUUUCGUCACCUUCUCUUCCGCUGAGGAGGCCGAGGCCGCUAUCAACGCUCUUAACGAGCAGGAUCUCGAUGGUCGUCGCAUCCGUGUCAACCUCGCCAACGCUCGCCCCGCUGGUGGCUCCGGCUUCAACGGUGGUGGUGCCGGCGGUGGCCGCUGGUAA